AAAAAAUUAGCGCGAUGUCUGAAAAAAAAAAUAUAUACAAAUAAUUGAGAAUUCUCUCAUAUGAACAGUGUUUUCAAUUUCUUUUUGGAUUUUCCUUUUAUAACAACUGUCAGACUUUGAGAUUAUUUCAACAUAUUUUUUUCUCUCUAAACGAAAUAGUCAAAAAUGGAAUCAGGUGUAAUUAAUUCUAUCGAAAGAAAUUCUGAAAAAUGCAAUAAAAAUGAUUCAGUGAAUUUAGAAAAAAUGUCGUCAUCAAUUUCUUUGGAUUCAAUUUCCGAAUUGUCAAAUAAUAAUGGAAAUAAAAUAAAAGUAUAUUUAAAAAUAAGACCAACAAAUAAUGUUGAUUCAACAUCAUCACGAAUAAAUAAAAAUGAUAUUUUUACAAUAUUAAAUAAAACAAAUCUUGAAACAAAAAUACCCAUCAACGAUAAUACAUUAUUUUCAUCAAUUGCACGACAAUCGAAAAAAAUUAAAAAUAAUGAUAAUUUAAGAAAAUAUAAAUUUACCCAAAUUUUUAACGAUGAAAUUUCACAGGAUGAAUUUUUUAAUGAAAUUGGAAUACAAAAUGUAAUUAAUUUUAUAAAAGGUGAAAGUUUAACUCUGAUGAAUUAUGGUACAAGUAAUUCGGGUAAAACUUAUUCUCUCUUUGGUUUAAAUGAUUGUCUAGGAUUAAUUCCAAGGUGUUUAAAAUUUCUUUAUUUCAAUAUUGAAAGCACUAUUUGGAUAUCAUUUUUUGAAAUUUAUAAUGAAUCUAUUUUUGACUUAUUAACGACAAGUGAAGAGGGUAAGAAUGUGCAUUUGAAGUUAGUUACAGAUGAAAAGGGAAAUAAUUAUUUGAAGGGAGUUAGAAAAGUUUUUGCAGCAACUGCCGAGGAAGCUUUUCAAAUUAUGAUGGCUGGUAAAUCGAGAUUGAAAGUUGCAUCCACAGCAAUUAAUUCAAAAAGUUCAAGGUCACAUGCCAUUUUCACUGUAACAUUAUUAAAGUACACGGAAAAUUCAUCACCUCAAGAUGUAUCUGUUAGUACAUUGACAUUUUGUGAUCUUGCCGGAAGUGGUGGUUUAAAAAUGACAAAAAAUUCCCAAAGAAUAAAAGAAUCACGAAGCAUUAAUGCAAGUCUUUUAGUUCUUGGUAGAUGUCUAAAGACAAUUCAACGAAAUUCAAUUUUACGAAACAACACUGGACCAUUUAGAGAAUCAAAUUUAACCAGAUACCUACAAAAUCCUCUAUCGGGAAGGGAGAAUUUAAUUAUUUUAGUUAAUCUUAAUAAAUCUCCUGAGCUUUAUAUCGAAACACAAAAUGUCUUGAAUUUCUUUUCAACUCUCAAUAAUAAAAUCAUUAUUGGAGAAAAUUUAAAAAAUAAAUCAACAAUACGAAGUUCAACUUGGAUUAGUUCAGAAAAAAUUUUAUCAUCAAAUACAUCAAUAAAAUUAAUAGUAAAUUCACCAAAGAAUAUGAAAAUGGAAAAAUUAAAAAAUGAAAAUAAAUUAUUAUUAGAAGAAUUAUUAGAAUUAAAGAAUAAUAAUUUUAAAAAAGAAUCGAAAAUUCGUCAAGAAUUAAAUGAAAUUUAUUUAUUAAAAAUGAAUGAUCUUGAGAUGGAUUGGAGAAAAAAAAAUGAUGAACUCAAUGAGGAACGUGAGGAUUUAUUAAAAUGGUCUGUUAAACAAGUUGAUGAUUAUUAUAAAGAACAAAUUAAUAAUAUGACAAAUCGAAAACGAAAACGUUUAAAUAAUCAUGAUGGUCAUGGUGAUUUUGAAGAGUCAACAAUUGAAUAUUUAGAAGAGGAAAAUUUAAAAGCAACAACAAAAAUAAUUGCACUUGAUGAAAUUGUUGAAAAUUUAAGGAAAAAAAAUUUAAAAUUAAAUAUUAAAAAAAGUGAAUUAAUUUUUGAAUUAUCAAUAACAAAAAAGGAAUUAGAUGAUAUUAAAAUAAAAUUUCAAAAUGAAAUAAAAAAUUCUUUUAAUGAACAUAGGGAAUCAUUUCAUUUUGAAAAUUUGACAGAAACAAAUGAACUUAAAAAUGAGAUUAAUAAAAAAAAUGAAGAAAUCAAUCAAUUAAAAUUCAAAUUAAAUGAAAUGAAUCAAGAAUUAUUGGAAAUAAAAAAUUUUAAUGAAAAUUCUAAUUUAAAACAUUUUUCCAUUAAUGAUAAUAUCAAUGAAUUAGCAAUUGAUGAUAAAAAUUUAAAUUCUCAUUUACAUAAUGUGUCAUUGUCACCAAUUUCCAUGGAUAAAAUUUCAAUUAUCGAAGAGGAAAAUUUAGAAACACCACAUAUAUCACUUCGAACAUUAAUAACUGUUCCAAUUUUAGAAACACUUGAUUUCUCAUCAGAAGAAAAUAGACUAAGCUUUUUGGAUUCAUCAAUUGAAAAAUCAGAGAAAAGCCUAAGAAUAAGUGACGAUGAUUCAGGAAUAAGAACAUCAUCAAAUAGCAGUGAAUUAAAUAAGAAAAUUUUUGAAAAUAAUGAUAAAUCAAUACAAGUUGAUUUUAAUGAUUUAGAAAAAAUUAAAUUAAAAAUCAAAUCACUUAAAUAUGAAUACAAAAAAUUGGGCGAUAAUUAUUUAAAUAAAUCAAAUAAACUUGAUGAUUAUCAGCGAGAAAUGGAAAAAUUUAAAAAUUUAAUUUAUAAAUUAGAAACAAAUUCAACUGUUGAUUAUAAACAAUUGGAAGAAUAUGAAAUUUUAUUGGCAUCAAAGGAUAAUGAUUUAAAACGUUUGAAUUUGGAUAAAAAAGAAUUAUCAACAAAAUAUAAUAAAAUGUUUGAAAAUUGGAAAGAAAAAAUAAAUGAUUAUGAAAAAAAAUUUGAAAAUAAUUUUAUUAAUGAAGAAAUUUCAAUUUUACCCGAUGAUUUGGAGAAUUAUAUUGAAAAAUUUGUUAAUCUUGGAAAUCAAAUAAAAAUUGAUCAAGCACAAUUGGAACAGAAAAUUAUCACUGAACAUGUGCCAAAAAUAAGAAAAUUAGAACAGGAAUUAAUUGAGAAGAAUUUAAUAAUUAUUCAUCUAAAUAAAGAGAUUAGUGAAAUGAAAAUUGAUAUGAAAAAAAUUGAUCAAAUUCAUGAAAAGAUAAAAAAAUUUGAAAUUAAACUUGAUGGAAAUUAUCAAGAAAAACAAGAUUUACAAAUUUUUUUUGAAGAAAGAGAAAAAGAAUUGUUAACACAAUUUUCGAAUUUAUGGGAAAAAAUUACUAAACGUGAUUCUGAAUUAUUAUUAAUUAAAGAAAAUUAUAAUCAGGCAAAAAUAACAAAUUCAAUAAAUUAUAAAAAUUCCAAUGAAUUAAGCCAUCUUGUUUCUGAAUCAUUAUUAAAGAUGAAUGAUAUAAAAUCUGAAUUAUCAAGAUCUGAAGAAUCUCGUAAUAAUAUGGAUAGAAAUUGGGCACAGGAAUAUGGUUUUUUACGAUCACAAUUAUCAAUUUUUGAAAAACAAGGAACUUUACUAUCACUCAUGUACGAGAAAAAUGAAGAUAUUCUAACGAAUGUGAUAAAAUUAAAAAAAAAUUUAGAUCUAAAAGAUAAAGAAAUUGGGGAAAUUAAGAAAAAUCGAGAUGAAACUAUUCAGAGGUAUGAUUUACUUGUUGAUCAAUUACAAAUGGAUGUUAAUGUAAUAAAAGAAAACAAAGAAUAUUUAACAUUUCAAGAACCCGAUAAGCAACUAAAAAAAAGUAUUAGCGAGACAUUUAAAUUUAAGAAAAGAAAAUCAAAAUCACUUCAUACAAAAGGUUCAAAAAUUUGGAGUUCACAGACAUGUCAAUGUAAAAAAAAAUAAUUCCCAGACUUCUUAUUGAAGAGAAAAUUAAAAAUGGCUUUUAUAAUAAUAUAAUGAAUCGCAAUAUUGUCGACAACGUUAAUCCAAAUAGUUGACAAUUGGAAUUGGAACAGUUAAAAUUUUUUUUUCUCCAUAUUCCUUUUUUUUCCUAGGGAAAAUAUUGUUUUAUAAAAAAAAAUAAAAUACCAUUCUUUUUUUUUAAGUUUCGAAACCUUGUUAUAAACAGUAAUUAAUAAACUUAAACUUGUUU